GUUUUUACUAACCUAUCGUUUUAAUAUCACUUGUUCUUUAUGGAAAACUAAAUCUUCUUUUGCCCAUCGUUAUUUUGGCGCAAAGCCAAGGUUGGAUGUCAGUCAAGUUGUUUAUAAGAAGUGAAUUUUUCUCUGUGCCUAAAGAAAAUUUUAAAUAUUGUUUGCCAUUCAUUAGUCGAAAUAUUAGUAAAGUUUUAAGAAAUAUGAAAUUUGUAAAACUUUCACAAACUAAUGAUUUAAUGCCUACAUUAGGUCUGGGUACAUGGCAGGCUUCUCCAGAAGUGAUAGAGCAGACUGUGUACAAAGCAUUAGAUUUAGGAUAUCGUCACAUCGACACCGCAUUCAAUUAUAACAAUGAAGAGGCAAUUGGAAAUGCCAUAAAAAAAUGGAUAGAUAAUGGGAAAGGAACGAGGAAGGAUUUAUUUAUAACUACAAAGCUACCCCACGUGGGCAAUAGAGCAGGUGAUGUCAAAAAGUUCUUAAAUUUGCAAUUACAAAGGCUACAAAUGGAUUACGUAGACUUAUACUUAAUUCACAUGCCAUUCGGGUUCCACUGCAACCCAGAUACAAUGACGCCGCUGGUGAAGAGCAGCGGGGAGUAUGACCUUGACCUUGACACAAAUCACAUCACCACGUGGAAGAUCAUGGAGGAGUGCCAGAAGGAAGGCCGUAUUCGUAAUCUGGGACUAUCAAACUUCAACGAAAACCAGAUAGCGAGGAUCAUGUCCGCUUCGACGCUCAAACCUCAAGUGCUGCAGGUGGAGUUGCACGCUUCCUUCCAGCAGUUGGAACUGAGGAAGUUUUGCGCCGAAAAUGAGAUAGUGGUCACGGCAUACGCCCCGUUAGGGUCUCCGGGGGCGAAGGACCAUUUCGUUAACAAGUAUAAUUAUAGUCCUGGCGCAUUUCCCGAUUUACUCGGACAUCCCGAGGUCGCGGACAUAGCAAAAAGUCACGGCAAAACGACAGCACAAGUUUUAUUGCGUUUCCUGGUCCAGCAGAAGGUGGUUGUGAUACCAAAGAGCACCAGCGAAACGAGGCUAAAGGAGAACUCCGAGUUGUACGACUUUGAGCUGACGCCGUCCGAAAUGAACCGUCUGAAGAAGUUGGAUACGGGAGAGAAAGGACGCAUCUUUAAUUUCUUGUUCUGGAAAGGCGUUGAAAAACAUCCUGAGUACCCGUUCAAAUUAGACAAGGUCGUGGAAGUCGAGAAGAAUUGAUUUACUUAUCACAAGCUGCUUAUAUUUAAGAGGCAGUUAGGAGUUUAUCUAAGUUUCUAAAAUACUGCCUGGACGCCAAAUACUGCGAAAAGUCAAAAGUGAAUGACACUCAGCUAUUUCUGGUUUCUUUCUGAACUGUUCUAGUCAAACCCCACCUGCAUAUAACAUCUUUAUUAUUUUAUUUCCUAGUAAGACUAGGUCUAGACUUUAGGUAUCAUGGUAUAAUUAUUAGUCGUGAUAUAAAAUAUGUUAGUAUUAGCUUCAAGCGACACGUGUAACGUUAUUCGCUAUGAUGACGCUUGUUAUGUAUUUUUUCAGCCAUUAUGCUUCCACAUAGGAUAAAAUCCUGUAUAAUCAUGCCCUUAAUAACUUUUAACUCGUAACUCAUUCCUACUCAUGUGGAUUAAAAAUCUGAAAGUACUAUUAAAAAUUAUAAUAAU